AUGUCGAUCUAUAAGUCGCAAGAGCGCAGGACAAUCCCUCCUAAUGCUAUAAUCGAAGCUUCUUCCUCCAUUGACCUAUAUCUCUUGUCAAUUGAUUUUUUAACAAACUACAUUCUCCUCAUGUCUCUGAACGAAGUCUGGGAGGCAGCCUCUGCAACUCCUUUUAUCCCCCUCAUUGGCAAGGACAGCCAGUUCACCGUCGGCUUCAACCUGCUCCUUGUCGCAUUGAUCACAAGUAUUGUCUUUGGUCUGAAUCGGUCUUUCCUCGGUAUCGCGUCCUUGGGAGUUCCGGCCGCAUUGGCAUUUGGCUUUGGAGCUGUAUUCAUGAUCUGUGCCGCCGGAGUCUACGUCUAA